GAAUGCAAAAAAGAACCUUCAAAGCCAAUGCAUCAGCCACCUUGGUAACCUGAGUAGCCAACGACGUGCCUUCUUCAUUCCUUCCCUCUAGAUCCUGGCGAGGUUUUGCAAUCUUUGGUCAGGAUGGUAGGGUUGAAACCAUCCAUAGUUCCUCCAACUCCCGGUGUGCGCUUCCUGAGUGCUGGCACGGCAGCUUGCAUCGCCGAUCUCAUCACCUUCCCCUUAGACACGGCUAAAGUUAGAUUACAGAUUCAAGGAGAAGCUGCAAGUUGCCACGGAUCCACAAGUAUCAAAUACCGCGGGGUUUUGGGGACCGUGGUCACCAUGGUCAGAACAGAAGGACCCUUGAGUUUAUACAGUGGUCUGGUGGCUGGGCUGCAGAGACAAAUGAGCUUCGCUUCAAUUAGAAUCGGACUGUAUGAUUCUGUCAAACAGUUUUACAGCAGAGGCAAUGACCAUGCCAGUAUAGGCACCGCCGCACUCGCAGCCUGCACCACAGGGGGACUUGCUGUUGCACUGGCUCAACCAAUGGAUGUGGUUAAAGUUCGUUUUCAGGCACAGAAGAACAUUCAGGGUGCUCGGAAACGAUACAAUGGAACGCUCCAGGCCUAUAAAUCAAUAGCCAAAGAGGAGGGAGUUCAAGGCCUUUGGAAAGGAACUUUCCCUAACAUUGCUCGGAAUGCUAUUGUCAACUGUUCAGAGCUUAUAACCUAUGACAUAAUUAAGGAGACAAUUCUGAGGAACAAAUUGUUGACAGAUAACUUUCCAUGCCACUUCCUCGCUGCCUUUGGUGCCGGGUUUUGUACAACUGUGGUAGCUUCUCCUGUUGAUGUAGUAAAGACAAGGUACAUGAACUCUUUACCUGGACAAUACAAGAGUGCACUAAGUUGUGCCCAGACUAUGUUGUUUGAAGAAGGAUCAACAGCCUUUUACAAAGGGUAA